AUGUCGUCAACCGCUAUGGCAAAGAAAAACAAGGGGAAGAAAACCGCAGACCCGAAUGAGACUUCCAAGCUACUCGCUGCCAAGAUCUCUCAGCUGGAACAAGAUGCCGCCGGCGAGAAAGACCAAGAGGCGGAGAUUGAGCGCGAGGUCAAGAAAGCCACCCGGGAUCUCAACCAACUGCUGAACAACAUUGAGUCACCUAUGACCCGCCUCGAAACCGUCCAUAAGAAGUACACCGAGCUCUUGGCCGAUAUGAAAAAGCUAGACCGUGACUACUCCAAAAGCAAGAAGCGGGCCGAUCAGCUGCAGAAAGAUCAGGACAAGGGCAAGUCCGAUCUGAGCAAAACGGUCACCAUGAAAGACAAGCUGGAAAAGCUCUGCCGGGAGCUCACAAAGGAGAACAAGAAAGUCAAGGACGAAAACAAGAAAUUGGAGGAUACCGAGAAGAAGGCACGAUUGAUUGUGAAUGAACGCCUUGAUUCGCUUCUCUAUGAUAUUCAAGACGUCAUGGCCGCCAAGGGCAAUCCGCGCAGCGAGAAGGUGGAUGUUGAUAUGGAUGAAGCAUUCCGCGUGAAGCUGAAGACUGUGAGUGACCAGUUUGAUUCGCGAGACUCGCAAUACCGGUCUCUUCUCCGCAACAAGGACUCCGACAUACAAAGCUUUGCCUCCAGGCUCGAGGACCAGCGCCGUGCCGGUGACGCUGAGGCGAAUCGCUGCCGGGCUUUGACUUCACAGGUUUCGACAUUCACCCACACCGAGGCCGAGUUGCGCAGUCAACUCAAUAUCUAUGUGGAGAAAUUCAAACAGGUUGAGGACACUUUGAACAACAGCAACGAUCUUUUCUUAACGUUCCGCAAAGAGAUGGAGGAAAUGUCCAAGAAGACCAAACGCUUGGAGAAGGAAAAUCACACGCUGAAUCGAAAGCAUGAGCAAACGAAUCGCAACAUUUUGGAAAUGGCAGAGGAACGGACUCGGAACCACGAAGAGCUAGAAAGAUGGCGUCGCAAGUGCCACCAUCUGGAAGCUCUGUGCCGGCGCAUGCAAGCCCAAGGGCGAGGCGAAGGUCUCGCUCUAGCGGAAGGUGAUGACCAUCUUGAGGGCGACGACGAAGGCACUGAAAGUGAGUACGAUGAUGAUUACGAGGAUGAUGAGGAUGGAAUCAGCGAAGAGGAUGACCCCGAGCCACCUCUCCUCCGAGUCAACCAGCCCUCAGAGAAACCCGUCUUUGGACCAACCCCGCCCCCCAAUCUACUGGAGGCCCGCGCAAACGGCAAUGCGGUGUUAAAUGGCUGUCACUAA